AUGUUCGACCCCAUAGACUGGUUCAUGCUCAUGUGCUGCUGGUGCUGUGACCGUAAAGAUAAGGAUGAAGAAGAAUACGAGGUCUCCGAGCGCGAGCGCGCCCGCCAACAACUCAAAGCCGACCUGACCGACGGGGCCGCCACGCCACACGAACAACCGAAGAAGCCGCCCCAACUGGCCCACGCGCCGCCAGAACUGCAAUGA